GAACCGGGCCGGCGGUGGAGGUGCUGUCGGCGGCGGCUGACUGUUCCCGCGCGCCCGGUUCCUCGGCCGGUAACCGAGCGCGAGCGCGCGCGCGCGUGCGUGUCGAGUUCAAACCGGGGCGCGCGCACACUCGAUAGAGGAGAAGAUUUCUUUUCUUCCCUGUUUGUCCCUCCUCCUCUUCCUCCACCUCCUUCUCCUCCCUCCCUCCCUCCGCGGAACGCACGCACCGCACCGGCCCGGGCCAACCGAGGACUCCCGAGUCCCACCGGGCAUCGAGGCUGGCACACGGCGGGGCACCGAGAGCUCCCUGCCCGCCCCGACCUGCCCGCUGCCCCGCCGCUGCCGGCGGUCCGUCCUCUUCCUCCUCAUCGUCCGCCGCCGGCGACGUCCCACGUGAGGCCGAGUCGACCCUGUGGUGCUGGGCAGAGCGUUAUGGCUCAGACGCUGCAGAUGGCGAUCCCUAACUUUGGCAACAACGUCCUGGAGUGUCUGAACGAGCAGCGGCUGCAGGGCCUCUACUGUGACGUCUCCGUGGUCGUCAAGGGACACGCCUUCAAGGCCCACCGCGCCGUGCUGGCCGCCAGCAGCUCCUACUUCCGGGACCUGUUCAACGCCGGCGGGAAGAGCUCGGUGGUGGAGCUGCCGCCGGCCGUGCAGCCGCAGAGCUUCCAGCAGAUCCUGGCCUUCUGCUACACGGGACGCCUCAGCAUGAACGUCGGGGACCAGUUCCUGCUCAUGUACACCGCCGGCUUCCUCCAGAUCCAACAGAUCAUGGAGAAAGGCACAGAGUUCUUCCUCAAGGUCUCAUCUCCAAGCUGCGACUCUCAGGGCCUGCACGCCGAGGAGACCCCGCCCUCCGAGCCCCAGAGCCCCGUCACCCAAACGGCGGGAGGGGGCGGCGGCGGAGGAGGCGUGGUCGCCACGGCCGCGGGAAGGCCCUCCUCUUGCCUGACGCCCCUCCCCCUGGUGUCCAAGGUGAAGACGGAACAGACGGCGAGCACGCCGCAGCCCACCCCGCAGCCGCAGCAGCAGGAGGGCUCCCCCUACUCGGUGGUCUGCACCCCGGUGGCCAAGCGGCUGUGGGAGGGGAACAGCCGCGACGGGGGCGGGGGGUCUGGAGGGGGCGGAGGAGGCGGGAUGAGGAAGGCCGCACGCUACUCCUCCUCCUCUUCCUCUUCCUCCUCUUGUAACAACACUACCCAGGAUGCCUCUGGGCGCGGACUCGCAGCCGCCAAUGCUGCGAUGGUGUGUGGCGGCGCCUCAGCGGGAGGAGCGGCACUCAACAGUAAUCACAACAACAAUAACAACAACAACGGCGGCACACCCGAGGGCACGAGCCCGGGCACGCUGAGCAUGUACACCAGCGACUCCCCUAUCAGCUACCACGAUGACGAGGAGGAGGACGACAUAGCGGACGAGAGCGCCGAAGAGCAGUACAGACAGAUCUGCAACAUGUACACCAUGUACAGCAUGCUGAACGCCGGGGCGGCGGUGGUCGGGGAGCGGGUGGAGGCUCUGCCGGACUCGGCCCCGGACUCGGGUGGCGGCGGGCGGGGGGGCCGCGGCGGGCGCUCCCGGCAGGACCUGGCGUCGCUGCCCGCCGAGCUAAUCAGCCAGAUCGGCAACCGCUGCCACCCAAAGCUGUACGAGGAGGGCGACCCGGCCGAGAAGCUGGAGCUGGUGAGCGGCACGUCCGUGUUCAUCUCCCGCGCGCAGCUCAUGAACUGCCACGUCAGCGCCGGCACCCGCCACAAGGUGCUGCUCAGACGCCUGCUGGCCGCCUUCUUCGACAGGAGCACGCUGGCGAACAGCUGUGGAACCGGUAUCCGCUCUUCCACCAACGACCCGAGUCGUAAACCCCUGGACAACAGAGUUCUGCAUGCUGUCAAAUUCUACUGCCAGAACUUUGCACCGAGCUUCAAGGAGAGCGAGAUGAACGCCAUCGCGGCCGACAUGUGCACCAACGCCCGGCGCGUCGUCCGCAAGAGCUGGAUCCCCAAGCUCAAGCUGCUGAUGGCCGACAGCGACGCCUACUCCGCCUUCCUGGCCGACAGUGUGAAGAUAGAGGCCGACGCGCUGGGGGCGGAGCAAGGCUUCGACCCCGCCUCCCUGGAGGCCGUGGCGGCUGCCAAUGGCAACGAAGCAGUAGGCGGAGCCACGGCAGCAGACGUCCUGCAGGGGGUGGGAGGAGACGGCAGCACUUUGUUUUGAGUGAGUGAAACAGACAGAGAGAUGGACAGACAGACGGACAGAUCGACGGAGGGGGGUGACGGAGAACGGCGUCGAAACUUGUCGCCGAGCCGCCGCUGCUCGUUUCCGGGAUCUGUUUCUUCUUUCGCACCUGUUCGUUCUGCUUCUCCUUCCCCGUUUGUUUGUCCACGUUUCCGUCUCUCUCGCCACGACCCAGAAUGCCUCAUUUUGGGUCGCUCUCUCCUUCCUGUAUUGGUGGAGAGAGAUGGAAAGACGGCAGGAGAAAGGAAGCAGAGGGAGGAGACGCCGCCCCCCCCCUCGCUCCUCCUCCAAGCUCCUCAUCCCUCUGCUUCCUUUCAAGACCUUUAUUUUCUCUAUGUCUUGUUUUAAAGUUGUGUACUGUCACAAAGGCCCUUUUCUGACCAUAAUUAACCACAGACAUUCCCUGGGGGGCAGGGGAGGAGGGGUAUCCCUGUUUUUUUUUUAAGUGAUGUUUUUUUACUUUUCCCAAACUCCAGUGACACUGUUGUUUUUGAUAAUUGAAUGUAUGAGCGGAGAAGCGUCCGAACCGCGGCGUGUAGAGUUUCGUGUUCGUGGAGGCAGAGUGAGAUUGUUAUCUGUCGGUUUAUCUUUUGCUUUAUAUUUGGGGGGAAGCGUGGGGGGGGUGAAAUGAAUAUUAAUAUGUAUAUUGGAAUGGUUAAUGAUCCACCCCCACCCCCUACGACCCAACCAACAUGACCGGGUCGCUGCUGAAUUCUGACCGGCAGCAUUUUUGAAGCUGUUUGGCGAGCGUAACAAAAGAAAAAAAUAAGAUUUUCGCUCAACUAAAACUUAUUCCCACCAAACCUUCCUUUUACUCUUUGACCCAUAAACAUAAAAAAAUUAUUAUAUCAGACUGUUUACUUUUGUGCGCGCCAUAUAAUUUUUUUUUUUUCGAGGCUCCUCCUCGUUACUGACGAUCUGUCAAAGAGCUUGCACUGUGUUACUUCCUGCGGUAUGACGAGUACAAUCCAACUUACGUCUUUUGUACGUGAUGAGAAAGAGACGAGAGAUAACUGAAGGUGGUGGUUAUUUUAUUUUGAGAAAAAGAUUUUUUAAAGAAGAAAAAACACCAGCGGAAAAUCCUAGUUCAUUCUGUUUAUCACCCAUUUUUUUUGUUUUUCAAUUUUGAAGUUUCUGCCUGUGAGCUGUGUGUGUGUGUGUGUGUGUGUGUGUGUGUGUGUGUGUGUGUGUGUGUGUGUGUGUGUGUGUGUGUGUGUGUGUGUGUGUGUGUGUGUGUGUGUGGAUGUUCUUCUGUUGUCAACGGUGACGUUUUGAAUUGUUUUCUCUAAGAAAAUUCACGGCCGUGCCCCGUCGGCGGCGCGAGUUUUUCCUCCGGCUCGCUAAAAUGUGUAGGUUUGUGUGUGUCUGUGUGUUUGAGCAGCGGCAACACAGUUUGUGUGUGUGUGCUGCGAUAGAUAGAUGAAGGGGGAGGGAGGGAGGCCAGACGGCGUGCUUUCACACACACACACACACACACACACACACACACACACAAGCUUCGUUGAUUCCUUCAGCCACCACUGCGGUGAGCGCACGUACACGCUAAUACGCAUUUGGGCGCUGUCAGCUGCAUCGGCUCCAGCAGCACCAGAGCAGUGUGGGAAUUAAAAAAAGGGGAGGGGGGGGCUGCGUAGUGAGUUGUUCAUCACACGAUGUCUGAAAUUUAUUUUUUUAUUUAAAUGGAGGAUGGGAAAGAAUCUAAAGUUUUCACUGCAGCGGCUGAAACGUCUUUAAAGCAGCUAAAUGAUGGAAAUCAGAGAAGAAGAAGAACGUCGGCAUAGAAGCAGCCCUGAAAGUCAUACUCGCUUUUUUUUAUUAUUCGACAGAUCUAUAAUAGAAAAUAAUUCUUCUUGAUCUCCAGAAUCCACAACACAGACGAAUAUUCUGAUCAGCUGAAACCAGGACGGUUUCAGCUGAACAAAAGAACAAAAUGUUUUUAUCUCCACGCACCACAAUUUUAUUUGCGUUAAAUCAAUCCCGGACGAUGGGUGUGAGGCCGACCAUCUGUCCCAGGCGGCGCUGCAGAAUCAACGUGGUGGAUAAGACGAAAAAGCAAAGUUGGUCAACGGUCAAUAUACGUUUUUCCCCCAAAACUCAAAGAACUGCCCGUCAAAAAAGAAAAUAGCUGCUCACGUUCCCCUGUCAGACAUCAUCUAAUGUAAAGUUUUUAAGUGUUUCUGCCCGAACUAAACUUAUCGGUGCGUUGAAUUAAUGUUGCGUUUAAGCAAGUCAAGGACUAAUCAUUUGAAAAGCCGAAACAAUAAUACUUAUCUAAUAAUAAUAGUAAUGAUAAAAAUGUUUAAAAAAGAAAAUCAUAGAUAAGACAUUCCUGGCACAACUGACAUCUUUUUCGUCUUUCAAUUUUUUUUAAAUAGAAGGAACCUGAAGCACCUUAUCGCCAGUUUAACGUCACGGUUUGCCGGUUUCUUAAUGAUGUUUGGAUUUGACAAACACACACUCAAGUGGAAGAGUCCACUUGAGUGUCCACCAGUAAAUUACCUCGAGUGAAAUAACCGGGAAGCAAUUCGGACCAAAAACAAGUCUGAUUGACGCUGAUUUGAACCGAAACCAGUUUCUGUGGACCAGUGUUAGAAAACGUCAUUUUUUUUACAGUCGGGCUUUAUACGGAAAGAUGUUUUCUAUUUGUAUGUUUUUAUAUAUCUAUAUAUUUACUUGUAUAUCAACCUAAAAAAACAUUAUUUCUUCUCCAUCGGUCCUGAGAUGAGCACCUAGAAGGAAGGUUUUGAAUCGGAGCCCCGCCCCAAACCUCGGUUCUGAAGCACAUGGUACGACCCGCGGAGAAUUGAUGUGUACGUUCAUUAGGUUUGCAGCCUUUCGCCUCGGUAGGGCGGCUUGGUCCGGGCACAGAUGUACACGAGUAAAGGUUGGAGGCGGGGCCAGAGAAGACAUUUCAUCUUUUUUAAAGCGACACAAGUUUUGGUCGCACUUUUAGAAAAGCUUUUUUUUUUUGUACAUUUUUUUUUUUUACAGUUUCUGUUGCCUUUUGUGUUUUUUAUUAAGUUUUUGUUUUCUACAUUUGACCUAGUGUACCGUAGUCAUGGAACGAUAUCGUAAAAGGAGAUUGCUACUAACAAUGAUUCAACAUUAACCACCUAGAGUUGCCAAGUUGUGUAAAGACAAAAAAAAACUAAACAAAAAAAAAACAUAAAAAAGAGAAAAGCGGAGACGUGGUCAGCUGUAAAAUAGUUUAGAGAAAGAGAACCACAUAUUUUUUCAUUGCGAUUGUUUUGUAUGACUGAGGUGCGGCAGGCGGGAGGGGUCGAGGGGUCGAGGGGUUUGGGGGUGUUAACGCCGGACCAGAUGUUUGGUUCUCACCGCGCUGUAGCUGUUGUCGGGCAGGAAUCUGAGGGGGGGGGGGCUGCAGAAAGCAGAUGGACAGGACCGCCUGAUGUAACGGAUGGGACGGUUGAGAGUUUGCAAGAAAUUCCAUUAGAAAUCAAACCCAAAGUAAGUUUACUUGACCUGGUUCCCGGACCAGCUUUGUCCACAAAGUAUAAGCUACUGCUGCUCGACCGUUCUGCUGUUUUUCUUCUUAGAAAGGGCCACCUGGUGGCCAGAAGCAGCUACUGCAACUCAGAGGAGGAUGGAGGAUGGAGGAGGAGGAGGGGGGUUCUCUCGGCAGCUGCAGUAGCUGCCGGUGCCACCAGAGGGCGGUAUCCCGAGAAGCAGUGAAGCUACGAUUGUAAUGAAAUAGUCUCGAUCACUGUAUUCAACCGAGCACCUUAAACAGCAGACCGCCGGAGGUUCCUGCUGCUCCUUCUACAAAACCCCACACAAGACACGAACGUACGAAAAAAACGCCCUCCGCUCGCCCGUGGGCCUCGAUGCCAAAAAAAGUUGUCAGCACAUUGAAAGUUGCCGACACGAAUUCCAAAAAAAGGAAAAAGAGCGCCGCGGCUUGUUUGAGCUUCAACUCGUUCCAUCCGCAAACGGUCCGUCCAUCGCCUCUCUCCCCCGAUCGCCGGCCCGCCGGAUCCACAGACGGGAGCACAAGUGACGAGGAGCGAGUGUGGAAUAAUAAUCUUUAUAAAUGAAAAGAAAAAGAAGACAUGAAAUUUAAAAAAGCACCUUUUGGGCAAGUGCUCAACUGUCCCCGGAGAGCCGACGCCCUCUGCACCUUUCUGAGAACACACUCGCCGCGUCACUUCCUGUCUGUGGGUUUUCGGACGCUGGCGUCAGAAGUAAGACCCGUUUAUGUGGGGGGGGGGGUUCGAAAUGUAAUGUGAGGGUUCUUUUUUGUAAGUUCCUUAUUUGUGUUGUUUUUAUCUUUUUGUAUUAUUAUUCCCUAUUUUUUAUUUUGUACGUUUGUUUUUUUCUCUUCUCUCUCUUUAUGACAUUUGUUGUGUACUGUAAAAAAAAUUAUAACCUGCCCUCGACCUGUCCCCCCCCCCCAGCUAGACUGUGUAAAGUCUCCUGAAGGGGUUUUGAUGAGGAGGAGGAGGAAGGUUCAGGUGGCGUGAUGGUUGGAGUUCCACCACGGUUCCCAAGUUGGGAGGAAGUGAAAUCUGAUAAUUCGGACACACGACAACAGUUCGAUAGUUCAAAGGAGUCGAAGAGCUUCUACAAGUUGUUCCAAACGUUAGAAACUUUUCACGUCUGAUGUCGGAAGUGAAGACGUGUAGUCCCUCGCCCUCGACAAUCACAGACCGUGUUAUUUAAGAAGUCUUCCAGACGAACCGGGUCACACAACUUCCCCAAACCCGAAUAAUGGAAACUGCUAGAUUCGACCCUAACGGAACCUUUACUCGUUUCUCUUUGUUUGUGCUCCAACCUCCGUCGACGCCACGUCAAAACAGACGUCGCAGCGAUUUUGUGGAGUCGAGUGUGAACUUUCCCAAAACGCAGUUUUUCAUAUCGCGGCUCGACAAACCGACACCACGUGUCAUCUGGAGGGCCGCCGGCCAAUCGUCAGGACUCUCCCCCAACCGAUAUUUCAAUUGGUUCGAUAUGCUGCAGACACCGUGUUUGUUUAUAAUUCAUAUUGGCCGAGUUGGUCAAUGUUGAGGUUUCUUUCUCCCUUCCGACACCGACGGUUUUGACCAAUGCGAUGAGUCAUUCUCUUUCUUUUUGCUUGUGUGACUACAGCCCUACAACUGCUCCGCUCCUCCGUCAACUCGCUGUUGUCCACUCGAACUCUCACGGUUGCGUUUGUUUUCUAUCCACUCAACCUGCUAAAGGGAAAAAAUCCACCUGCAAACGCCGCAGUAUUCUUAUGUCCGUGUUUUGGACUAAGCUCCGGGCUCCUCUCUCCAUUAAAGCUGUAUAUCCUUCAUCCUGCUGGCCUCUUGUGGAACAAGUGGUAACUGCGACACUAGCACACGGCUGCUAUCACGCGGGGGACGAGGUCCUCUCACCCAAUGGCAGCGCACGUGGACACCUCGCCAAUUUACACGAAGCCGCCCGAGUCAGUUCCGGAACUCGGAGCUGCGCCCUCGGAGAGUCUCCUCCCCCAGACCCGGGGUGCAGUGGACCGCGGCGCCGCAGCCUCGCGUCCUGCCACGUGCAGGAAGUCGUCGAAACGGACGCUUUGGAUUGGCCGAGGCGCGAGAACACAACGAGGGGGGGUUUCAAUACUUUUAAAGGGUGGAUUGUGUGUGGGUUUUUUUUACUUCCCUGCUGAAAACCUGCUGGAGCAAUGUCUGGAGAAGUUUGUCAUUCUGUGUUGUGUAUGAAAAACAAACAAACAACUGGCUACACUUGAGAACAGAAGGACAAAGGGAAGUUGAUCACGAGACACUCCGGUGGGAUCCGGAGCGGAAUUCUCUCCAUUCUAUCACUCCCCCGCCCUCUCUCUCUCUCUCUCUCUCUCUCUCUCUCUCUCUCGCUGCCCAGCCCCCUUCGCCCCCUUCGCCCCCUCCUCUUCCUCCACACUGACCUCUGACCUCAUCAUCCCCCCCCCCGAUCCUGCUCUCCGCAGGUCCGUAGUCUUCUGUCCAGGAACAUUUACGCCGCUCUUUCCCAAAUCCCCGCACACCAGAGACAAUACACACUCUCACACAUAAAUAUAUAUAUAUAUCUAUAUAUAUAUAUCUAUAUCUAUAUAUACUGUAUACAUGGAUACAAAACGGGCGAACCUCUGAGAUACAGAAGCUCACGCACACCUGCGGGCCCCCUCUGGACGCGCCGCAGGACGUGUUUGCGUCUUCGUGUCACCGAUGCAGUUUUUCAAAAAGAAAAAAAAAACCCCAACAACAACCGACCAGUUUACCUCGGGAGCUCUCAGCCAUAGUCGACCUUAAUCCCCACAGAUCUCUCUCCUCAGCGCAGCGAGCGGCGUCUGAACCGCUGCGGCUGCCGUUACAAAGCAGGUAAAUCAUUUUUUAUUUGGGGGGGGGGGGUUUGUUCUUUUUCAUUCAGGAACAAAGGGCCGAGGAGCCUCAGCAGAGCGCUCGCGGACCAUUGGGAUGCACGUGGUGCAGAGAGUCCAUAUCAACACAGUCUUACCUCAGAACCAUACAGGACAGGUGGGGAGGGGGGCGGGGCUUAUGAUCACAACCACAGUGAGAGACUAUUUUUUAUUCCUUCGCUUCCUUGUCUCUGGUGUCGUUGGGUGCUGAACAAUUUUCUUUUCCCCCCCCGACUAUAAAUAUAUAUAUAUAAAUAUAUAAACUGUAAAUUAUAACAUAGAAGCACUAUCGAAAGUUUGAUUGUUAGAUGUGAACUCGCUGCAUGAGGUAUUAUUCUUUAUUAUUCUUCAUAACGCAGGAAUGAAAAUGGUGGGGGGGAAGUGACAUUGCAGCUUUUGGAAGUAAACGGAAGACAGACAGAAAUGUGUACAAAAAAGAAACAAUGCAGUAGCGUCUACUGAUGUCAAAGAAAAUACCCAACCUCACACACACACACACACGUAGCCCAGACUAUUAUCCCCACCCUGCCCCCCCUCAUCCAUCACACAGCCCCGACACCCCUUUGCGCCAGCCCCCCCCCCCCCCCCCCCCCCCCCGUGUUUCCCCCCAUGUGUUCCAAGUGCCAAUAACUUUGUGAAUUCCUAACUGUGACCCAGUAAUAAAAAAGAUAAUUGCACAUUAACUACUGUAAAGAGAAAAAAGAAACCAGACUGAUUACAAAUGAGGAAGGAGGAGGAAGAAAAAAAAAUCUGAAUAUCUUAAUAAAAAGGUUUGUAACAAACAGGACUGACCACA